AUGCCUGGUGGAAUGUCCAUGAUGGGCCCACUCACAUGGCGCCAGCCUCUCCCAGACGUCGUAUCUGGUUCUGCCACCUCACAUCCACUCGCAAACAACAGCACAGUCCCUCCCAACCACGUUCUCCUGCUGCAGGCUGAGACAGCUCGCUACUGUGCGCCUCCAGACGCAUGCAAGCAGCAAUUGCUUAGCUCUGUGGUCCUGCUCCACUCACUAUACUACUCCAUUCGUGUUCCCGCACCUGUGCUGAUCACACGCAUCCCACAUCAGUUGCGUCACUCAAUCAUUGCACAUCAUUCUCAAGUUCGCACUUUGCAUUCCAUCAAUCAUUCCCCCACCACUGUGAUGGUACUGCUCAACUUUCCAUCGACUGUGGUGUGGCCCAAUGUAUGA